CAGCGGAGGAUUCAAACGGAACAUGGCUGCAGGCACAGAUGUCGAUGAAAACACAAAAAAUACAAGAGGAACAGUGAACAGUAUGGUGACCAAUAUAGAAGAAUCCCCAGGGGGCUCCCGAGCUGGCCGACCACCAGUCAUCUUCAACCCAGACUUUUUUGUUGAGAAACUCCGCCAUGAGAACCCUGACGUUUUCCUGGAGCUGGUGUUAAGUAACAUCACUCGGCUCAUUGACCUUCCUGGUACAGAGUUUGCUCAGCUCCUUGGUGAGGAGGGCCCGAAGACGCCAACCAGUGGAAAUGGAGGCUUUUUCCGCUCUUUCAACUUCCUCAAACGUAAAGAUAAAGGUGUUGUGUUUGGAACCCCUCUGACAGAGAGCUGCAUCGCCCAGAUCUACCAGCUCAUAGAGUACCUCAGCAAAAAUCUGCAUGUGGAGGGUUUGUUCCGGGUGCCAGGGAACAGUGUUCGGCAGCAGACUUUGAAGGAGCUCCUCAACAGCGGGAAUGAUGUCGACCUGGAUUCUGGAGACUUUCACCCCAACGACGUGGCCACACUGUUAAAAACAUUCCUAGGAGAGCUGCCGGAGCCCCUGCUCACACACAGACACUUCCACGCACACCUUAAGAUUGCAGAUAUGACCCUGUUUGAUGAACAAGGCAACAAGACUACAAUUCCCAACAAGGAGCGACAGAUAGAGGCCCUUCAGCUUCUCUUCCUGCUCUUACCUCAGGCCAACCGCUCACUGCUCAAGCUGCUGCUGGAUCUGCUCUACUACACGGCCAAGCAGCAGGACAAGAACAAGAUGUCGGCCUUCAACCUGGCGCUCAUGUUUGCCCCCCACGUCCUCUGGCCCAGACAUAUGACGGCCGGUGACCUGAAGGACAAUCUGAAGAAGCUAAAUAACAGCAUGGCCUUCCUUAUAAAACACUCACAAAAACUCUUCAAGGCUCCAAUCUACCUGCGGGAUUACGCUAAAGUUCACUUCACUGGGACCAAGGCUCUGCAGACCAAAGAUGAUCUGGAGCUUUUGGCGGCGGGCAGCUGUAUUGCUCAGCGGAGAGGGUUGCCUCUGAAGAGGUCAGCUGUUCCCAUGGGCCCCUGCUCUCAGGAGCAGUGUCAAUCACCGGCUCAACAGUACACGGAGGAGGCCCUGAAGGAGCUCUUCAGACACGUCCACCACAACAUGCCUGACUCGGCCAAGAAGAAGAAGCUCGUCAGACAGUUAGUCAAACAGACGACCUCGGAGACACCUACUAAUGAGAAACAGCAUGGCCCCCCAGCCCCCAGCAAGAAACAUCCCCGCUCGCGAUCCUUCGGUGGACUAAUUAAGCGCAAAGCUCGUGGUGAGCAGCUGACUGGAGAGGGGCGGGUAAGACACAUCUCCCCCGAUACCGUCACAAGAACCAGAAGGAAAACUGGCAAAGAGAACGUCAUCCUGCAAGCUGUUAACAGCCCACUGAAUGGUCCUGUGUUGGGAAAGGCAGGGCUGGUUGUAAAAAACCCAGAUUUUACUUUCUAUAAGGACAAAGCUCUGAAGGUUUCUAAGCAGGACUCUCCUUCUGUUACCAGGACAUAUUUCUCUCCUGCUUAGGAGAUCUAAGUGGAUCAAACUGACUCCUUCUCCUCUUCUCAGACAGGACAUGAGCAGUAUUAAUAUCAUUAUUCCUCAUUGUGUUUUAUUUGAGUCAGUCUAUUUUAAAUGUGACUAAUAUACAGCAGCGUCAGUUUGUGUCAGAGCAGCCAAACCAAAGCAAAGAACUUUAAUUUGCUUUUAUAUGCCCCAAAUAAAAAGAGCCAUCAUAGUGAAGAGACAUUUUGAAUACAUUAAGGUAUCAUGACCUCAAUACGUGAUGAUGCUUAAUGUUUUCAUGUAUAGAAUACUUUCAGUCUCAGUGGUUUGUCUUCAACCCUGAGAAAAUAUUAAAUCUAUUAAUGACACUUUUAAUGUUAUUUUAGUUUAGUUUUGAAACCAGGAUAUGGUCUGAGAUUAAAAUUACUUUUUAACCUUUCUAUUUAAUUUAUUAAAACUUUGUAUUUAGUUUUGCUUGUUUUCUGUAAAUAGAUGUGAGAUGACUCGAUGUAGGGCUGAGUUUUAUUCAUUGCAAUCAUGUAUGACCUUAUUACAGUAACAUCUUGGCAAAAUCAGAAUCACCUGAUCGACUGAAAAAUCACGUUUUAAAUAUGCUGAACUUCUUUUACAUGAGCUUAAAUUCUCAGAUGAAUUACUGUUGAAUUUUUAAAAUAAUUUAUGAGCUAUUACCGUUAAAUCAAUAUGUAUCAGUUAUGAAGCCUUCAAAAAUGUGCCCCACAGAGGGCGCUAUUGCAUCAAUGUUAACUUCACGAAAAGAAGAAAACACUAAGUCUCAAUUUUAUUUUUCAGUUUGUGGACGGGUCCCUCAGAGUCAUGUGGAUUAUUAAUUCAGCCGUCUUUGAACACCUCAUCUAUGUAGUAAAUGACUAAACUUAAACAUACUUUUUGUUAUAAAGACCUGAAACAAGGCACAGAUAUUAAUGCUGUUGGCUUAAAACUUAAAACAAUUGAAACUUCUGUGCUAGAACGCCGGUCCAGCAGAGUCUUAAACGUUGUAAUCAAACUUUAUCCUGGGUCUUUGCUUUGGUUUGGCUCAGCUGGCCUCAGACCUGCUUGUGCCAGUAAUCACUUCAAUUUGUUUUUCAAGCUACUGUAUCAGUGUCCAUGACCACUAGCAAGCUGUGCUAACAGUCUGCUGUAGAGUGUAGAAUAUACAUGUUGUACAGUAUUUGUGUGUCUGUGUGUGUGUUAAGUUUUUUUUUUUAGACUUAUUGGGAACUUCGGCAGUUGGUACGAUAUUUGUUAACACUUCGGUAACUGGAUCUUUGUGUGUUGUACAGAAUCAGUGAGCAGGUCACUUUAUUGUUUAGUGCUUCUUUUUUUAUGCAAACAGGACAAAAUGAAUAAUUGCCUUUUUAUUUUUAACGCAGUUUAUUAUGAUACAUUUUUUUGGACCCUUGUUUCUGAAUCUGCCAAAUGUGAAAUGUUACAAUCCCAGAAUGUCUCAUGAAACUGGACAUCUUUUUUAAAAACAUUGUUUUCUUUUUUUAACUAAUGCCCGACACGUUGUUUGACAUUUAAAGAGGAUAAGCGAUUUGUUAUGUUGAUGAGUCAAAGUAAGGUCAGUUUACGUUGUUGAAUUGAGCAGAAAUCCGUUAAGAGUCAAGUCUUCUCUUUUUCUGAACUUGUGAGUUAUUUCUACUAUUUAAAAUGUAGCCUGAAGGGGCCACAUUCUUGGUACAUUAAGAGUCUGAGUAAAGAAAACAGGCCCGUUACAGUUAUUCAUGUUGACUUUAUUGAGUGCUAUUCCAGAAUAUUGAUGAGACCUUUUAUUAGACGGUGAUAAUAUGAAGUCAUUCAGUGAUUCUCAGGAGGAAAGUUAGAGCAUUGAGAGGUUUCUGAUAGAGAGGACCACCAAAUGUCUCGAAAAACCACGUUUGGUUUUAUGAUAAUACACUGCUUUACAAAACACCACAAAGUAAGCUUAAUGUAUCAAAUGCAUCCAUGAUUUUUUUAGUGCACCAAGAGUCUUUGCUUAACACUGUCUGUGCCAUCUGAUUCACAUACAGUACAGAAACACCUUACAAAGGACAUACAUCUCUUUCCCAUAACUCUUUCCUUUCUUAUCAUCUCUGGUAUGUAAAUGUUUGGUCCGUCCUCAAGAAGCCUACAUGCUGAUCAAAUCACAGAAAAAUGGUGGGUUUGAUCUUUUAAGAAAAGGUUCAAAGUAAAAAUGUUAAUAUUUGAGGUUGUGCAGAUUUUAUUUCCCUUAGCUUGACUCUUCAUGGCUUGACUUAACUGAUUUCUGCUCAAUUUAGUUUUUUAGAAAGGUACAUGUGCACCAGUAACAGUUCCAAAUAUUCAGCCCUGACGAGGUCAAUGAUUUUCCAAAAAUGUGAAGUUCUGACUGGAGUAAAUGUAUGUUUCUGAACUCAGCUGUAGGUUAGCUUCAUUGUUUAUUUGUGAAGUAAAUGAUGGUAAAAAGCUUCUUCUUUUAAGAUUUAUUUUAGGGCUUUUUAGGCCUUUAUUUCGAGAUAGUAUAGUGGAUUGAGUCAGAAACCAGUGAGAGGGAGAGAGUGGGGAACGACAUGCAGGAAAAAAGCCAAAGGUCAGAUUCAAACCCGGGCGGUCCGCUCUCUAGGAUUAAGCCUCCUGUAUGGUGCCUGUGCACUAACCAAUAGGAUACCAGCAAAGAUGUCUCCUUUAAGGGUGCAAAACUAUCCUUGUUAAGUGGUUCUUAGACCUUUUUUCCCCUCCCCUCAGUGUUCGGAGUCUGUUACUGGUGCAUCCUGUUUGUUUUGAAGGUGCUGUGGAAGUUGUUAUGAGGGGAUGAUUGAAAGUGGUUGUGAUGUGUAGAUGACAUGUCAGGUAAAAACACCUUACCUCCUUUGGUUUCACAGUAUAAUGUUGACUCCUGAAGAUCAUUUUGUACUGUGGUGACUACGUUAACUAUUUAAAAAAUGUGAGUACUAGAUCAAUCUGACUGAAUUCUUAAAGAAAGAAACAAGCUAUUGAAACUGAGCUCUCCGAGUGGUCUUAUCCUCCUUCACUGGGUCCCCGGCUUAUUCUUUUCAGCUCCUAAUGGACAUCUUUGAAUGGAGAGAAGUUUACAUUUUGUUGUUUUGUAAAAAAGAGAAGAAAAGAAAACAUAAAAAGUGCACCGUUUAUAUUUUGUCCAGCAAACAUCAGCAGUUUCUCUGUUUGCUGUGAAAUACUGUCUUAUGAAUCAGCCUUUUUUUGUUAAAGUCGCUGUGUUGCAUUAACUUUUUUUUUCUUACAUACAUGUGAAACACUAUUUUUUUUUUCCACUGGUAUCUAACUGUACUUAGGGGUGUAAGGGUUCACAGAGGUGUGGUUUUGGGGUCAUGGUUCAAUUAGAGUUCAACGGGAAAAAAGCAACAAAAAGUCCUGAAUUCAUCUUUCUAUGUUUCUCUAGUUUAUUUUGAACUGACAGUAGUGCAAGUUCCAGCUUGUGUUGUUUAGAACUUACCUGGGAUGGUUGGUACAACAUGGAGUGUAUUACACAUUCAAUACAAUAGAGGAAAACCAAAUAAUACAAAAUACAAAGCAACCUGAUAAAAAAAUAUCACUUAAUGGCUCCACUGUGUCAUCUCGCUAUGAUAUAUAUUAUUCUUUGUGGUUUUUUUGUGUCUGUUAGUUCGUUCUUAGUUUGCUGUUUAAAAGAGGUUAGCAAACAGUUUCAAGCAUUACCACCACACAUUAAUAUUUAUACCCCCCGUAUGGAUACUGCCGUGUGUGGUGGCCUUUUAUGACUUCAUGCAAAGAACCGUGACAUCCGGACCAUGGCGGUAUACACCGAUACAAAGCCCUUUACACCACUAGUACUUGUAGAUGGUGACUGAGGAGUUCUUCUGUACGAUGUGAGAGCACUUUGGUGAUGAAAGUACGUGAAUUUUGAGUCUCUUUAAUCUUUACAUUGAGUUGUUCGUUGCACUUCUGAAUGGGCAAAUGAGACAUGGAGAAACAUUUUCACACUGAAUGUGCAUUUUUUUUUUUAAAGGGGAAACUUUAAUCUUAUUAUUUUAGAACAUCUUUUUUUCAUUUUGUCAUGAUGAACUCAUCUGUGAAUGCUCUAGCAUCUGGUUCAAACUGUGGUCUCCUGUUUGUUUUUUUGUAAUCCCAUGUAAAAUAAGUUAACCUUGUACAGUUGUUUGCUUUUUUUGUCAAAACAUCCUCUUUUGGAUUAAAACUUUUUUUAUGUUUUCCUA